AUGAAGUCUGACGUCCCCGUGCUCUACCCCAAUGAGGAGGUCGCCAAGGCCGUGACCGAGUACGCCGCGACCAACUCGGGCGGCCUACCGGCUCACCUGCACGAGUAUCAUGACCACAUUCUCAACAACGAGGAGAAGUCCAACCUUACCAUCUCCAAGUACCAGUCCCGCGCCGUGAUGUGGCUCGCGAAAGCCGCUGGCGCCAAGCGAGUCCUUGAGAUCGGCGUCUACAUGGGAUACUCGAGCCUCAUGUGGUCCGAGGUUGUCGGUCCCCAGGGCAAGGUCACGGGCCUCGAAUUCAACCCGGACUACGCCGAGAAGGCCAAGGCCGCCUACGCCAAGUAUGGCGCCACCAACAUCGAGGUCGUGGUCGGCGAUGCCCUGGAGCAACUGCCCAAGCUCAACCCGGACCAGCCGUAUGACCUCGUCUUCAUCGACGCCCAAAAGUCGGGCUACCCUGCUUACCUGCGCACCAUCCUGGAGCGCUCGCGCCCCGGCCAGAAGCGCCUGCUUCGCGAAGGCGGGCUCAUCGUUGCCGAUAACGUCCUGCGUAGGGGUCUGGUCGCUCUCAACAACGAGGCCAACCCGGCGUACGAGGGCGAGGCCAAGGCCGUGCAGGCGUCGGGCUACUGGAGCGAGGACGACAUCAAGUGCCUGGACGAGUUCAACCGGCUCAUGGCGUCGGAGAAGCGCAUCGACGCCUUCCUUAUGCCGUUGUUUGACGGCGUUGGUCUCGGCAGACUUGUGGACUGA